UCUCUCUCUCUCUCUCUCUCUCUCUCUCUCUUUCUGAGUUUCCUCGUCGCCCGGCAGAUGGACAUCCCGCGGGCGCGGACGGAUGCCACGGCCUUUCAUCGCCUGACCACGCAGCCACGCUCGUCCACGUCGGCCAGCUGUUUUCAUCCACUCAGAAACGCGAAGCUGACACCGCCAUAACAUCAUGACAAGACCAGGGGCGCGGGAAAGUUUCUUGCAGCGCCAUCCGGUGGCAUCCACAAUUCGAGAUGCAAGGGGAGAGGGUCCUCUCUUCCAUUCGCAUGACACUCUUCCGCAAGGUGAAUACUUGGUAGGUAAGGCAUUGGUAGUGUGUAUUCACGUAGUGUAAGUUGGGCGUGCAGGUUUUAUUCGUACAACACACACACACACUUUACGUAUGUACACAACGAGGUACACAAACAAGUACCUCAUCGACACGAAACUGAAAAUUUGUUGACACAACGGAGAAUUUCCAUCAUAUUUUUUUCUUGUCCCUCUCGUUUAAUUGUUUCCAGGGACCAGUUCGACGUCACAAACGAAAACUCCUGCGUCGUAGCUCCAGUUCUUUUUUUCUCGCGUAGGGCCCCUUUUUGGUUACGUGGUUCGGCCCUUUUCUUGCACAUUCUUCCCGUUGAGUUCCCUUGAAUCAGUGAUUCGUGAGAAUCGAUUCGUAGCUGGAGUGCUGGAGAAAGGCCUCGUCUCCAAAAGGCCCCAAAGUACUCCGUAGCUCCAAGAAGCAAGGACUUCAAGGAGAAGAGAAGAAAAAAUUGCUUGGUUGGACCCAUUUAAUGCCCAGUUCCGGACACUGCCCGGGCCAGACGGAGCUCACAGCGCAACCCUCCCGGCCCCAUCGUCAUUACUCAUUCUAGGUCCAAUUACCUCAAAAGUACUACUUUCUACCGAGUGUUAUACAUGCUUCGUACUAGUAGCUACUCCUUAGUCUCAGAGAUGUAUGCGGCCAUGGCUGGCUUUGUACCCUCAGCGCCCUGAGAGGUGUGCCACGAGUGUGCCCAGAGCCACACACACACACACACACACACACACACAUCCCAAGUUCCCUUGGCCUGAUGGGCUGGUGGUAAUAAUAAUGUCCAUGGGCGUUGGCAUGAGUAAGUAAGGAUCGGCCUUGUUCCGUUGGGCGCUGCCGCGGGUCUGAUCGCCAUCGCUCUUCAGAUUUUUAGGGCGCCUCGUCUCGAACGAUCUGAGCCUUAGAUUGGUGAUCACUGCAUAGGGUUCCGGCACCCGCGGCUUAUAUAGUGGGCUUGGGAUCCCGUUCGAACUGCUCGCUCGUCAUAUUCGUCAGAUCCCAUUUCCUGGCACGGCACUUGGCUCUUCGUCUGAACGGUUCCCCUAUAUUUACAUCGGGCACCCAUCGACACCUCACGUCAACAAUAAGCACAGACACUUACAGCAACACACCUCACACAAAGAGUACAAAUACCAACACGACGGAACCCAGCACACACAGACGGGCUACUACCACAUACCACCUUGAUCUCAACUUUCCACAACUCAACGUUCAACUCUCAUACACGCAAGGAUCACAUACACCUCAACACCAUCCCAACAUGUUCGGCCGUCAGUCACAAACUCAGUUCCCCAAGCGAAGCAGCUCAGGCUACUCGUGGCCCGAGAGCGACAGCGAAGACGACAUCGUCAUCAGGCCCUGCGCCACGAACGAGAAGGCCGAUGCCACAGUCACCAUGACCGAGUGCGUUCCGGGCCCGACGGCGGUGGAACAGACUUCUCAGUCCAGGCCUUCUCUCAGCGGCCGCCGCGCCUCCGCCGAGGACACCAACCUGCAAGAGCUUUGGGAAUGCAUGCUUGAGCUCCAGCAACAAUAUCACUGUUACAACUCGACGCGUAUGGAGAUUGCUGCCGACAGGGAGGACGCCAGGGACAUGAUGCCCACCAAGUACUGCAUGGACAUGCUCAACGACUCCAUCGAGUCCCUUCCCGAAGAGGGCUGGAAGAAGCUCAGCAAGUUCCUCAUCACCGACCUCGAGCACGCCCAAAAAUCGCAAAAGUGGAAGUUCUGGAAGCACCUCUAGAUUUGUGCACAUGGACCGCUCAACUCUUGCAUUCAUCCUUUCUUUCAGCGAAGCGAAGGGCUCCCGGCUCUGAUUAGAAUGAUACCCCCUUCUUUUUUUCUCAUAACAAAAGUUUCGGUUUAGGGUCAGGCGUCUCAUCGGAUAUCCCCUGGUUCAACUACUCACAUUGGGUUUGGUGGCUCUGAAGGCAUUGGCGGAUUUCUGUUACAUUAUUUAAUCCAUCACGCAAAUCAUAUUUGACACACUUUG